AUGUCCAGGUUCUUUGGAGUUCACCAUUCUGGGCGGGCUCGUUUGUUGGGGCUUCUCAUGAAGCAGGCAGCGCAGAUUUUGAAGGGAGUUGCUGCUGUAGCAGACUGUAGCAUUAGCGGAGCGCCAACGGCGUGGUGCAGCACUACGAGGACUUCCGCCAGUGCCUGGGGCGAAGUGGAUGGGGACAUGGGUCGGACUGAGACCGACGGGAUUCUUGACACCAUGCGUGGGGCCUUUCAGCCACAAAGCCCAGCAGCAAUGGUGGGGCUGGUGGAGGCAGUGAAGGAACACCCGGUGACGCUGGUGGUGGGCGACACGGGCUGUGGGAAGUCCACGCAAGUGCCACAGUUCCUCAUGGAGGCUCGGGUGGGCCGUGGAGAGAAGUGGUGUAGAUCUUGCGUGGAGAGAAGUGGGGUGAUUUUUGGGAUUUUUGGUGUUCUGGCGGGUGAUGCGGGCUUCCGGCGCGUGCUCGUGACGCAGCCGCGGCGGCUGGCGGCGAUGUCCUUGGCCCGGCGCGUGAGCGCUGAACGGAUGGAUGCGAGGGGAGUGGUGGGGCAACUUGGAGAGAUGUGGCGCACUCGGAUCCUCUUUGUGACCGAAGGCAUUCUCCUACGCCGCCUGGAAAGUGACCCUGAGGUGAACGACUUCGAGGUGAUCGUUGUGGACGAGGUGCACGAACGACACCUGGUGGUGGAUUUCGUGUUGGGCAUCCUGCGGGAGGUCGUCACGCAACGGCGCCCAAGCUUGAAGUUGGUGCUGAUGUCGGCCACCUUGCAGAAGGAGCUCUUUGUGAAGUUCUUCGAUCUGCCGCCCAGCGCCGUGCUUGAGAUUCCCGGCCGGAUGUUUCCAGUGGAGAUCGAGCACAUCCCUCAGAAGGAAGGGAUGAGGGUUUUUCAGGGCACCUUGCUAGCAAGACAUCGGAUGCAGCUUGGUGGCCAGGAGGAGCCCUUGACGCUCCGGACGGACGUGGUGAAGCGCAGCCAGCGGAAGCCCUUUGACUGCGAGCCCUUCCUGGAGGUGCUCCGGCGCUUGGAAGGUGUGCUGAAAGAGGAUGAGCGCGGAGACGUGCUGAUCUUCGUGCCGGGGGCUUACGAGAUCGAGGCACUCGUGGGCGCGAUCGCCGAGCGGGCGCAGAAGAGCCGCAAGUGGCUCGCGUUGCCGCUGCACUCGCAGAUGCCGGUGGAGCAGCAGGACAAGGUCUUUGGCAUCGCCCCACAGGGAGUCCACAAGGUCGUGGUGGCGACCAACAUUGCUGAGACCUCGGUGACGAUCGACGGCAUUCGCUUCGUGGUGGACAGCGGCCGCAUGCGCGGCCUCGACGUCGACGCCGCCUCCGCGGUGCGCCACCUCUCCGAGCGCUGGGUCUCCCGCGCCGGCGCCGCGCAGCGCGCCGGGCGCGCGGGGCGCACGGGGCCGGGGCGCUGCUUCCGGCUCUACUCGGAGAGGCGCUGCUGCCGAAUUCGACCAGCACGUCUUACUCUCAAAUGGGGGGGGGCGACGUUGGAGGGGGUAAGAGGAGGUCACAGGACUUGGUAG